GCUGCUCUCUCCUUCCGUCGCGUCUCAUUUGAGCAUUUUUUAUUUUCUGUCAGUUAGAAUUCGACAGAUUUCUGAAUCAGAACAUAUCGAUCACGCUUCUGCAAAAGAUCCGAACGCUUGUUAUCAAUAACGCUCCGCGCGCUCCUCAACGGACACGGACGGAGAUCACGCGCGGAGUCCCGAUUGAACGAUUUUGCGAUCAAGAAAACGGCGUCAGAGGGAUCAUACACCAUUUAGGAUAUUUUUAGGAUCUCUCCUUCAGUCAGUGGAAUCUAAAGCGAGGUUUAAUCAUGACAGCCACGAAAGAGCUGCAGAACCAGAGAGCGAAUCCGCAGGACGAGGAUCUGGGUGGCAUGAGUCCUCCUCAGAGGAACUGGAAAGGGAUUGCGAUCGCUCUACUGGUCAUUCUGGUGGUCUGUUCUCUCAUCACCUUGUCUGUGAUUCUGCUGAGUUCAGCGGACACGCUACCCGGUAGUGACACCAAACUGAUGGUGGAGGAUCUUUUCAGCAGUGAUUUCUAUGUGCAUGACCCUGAAGCGCACUGGAUCAAUGAAUCUGAAGCUAUCUACAGAAAUCACAAAGGACAUGUGAUCCGGUUUAACAUCCUCACAAACGAAACAGAGAUUGUGCUGAAAAACACCACGUUUGAUGCAUUUAAAGCCACCAGAUACUCCAUCAGUCCCGACAUGAAGUAUGUGCUUUUUGCCUACAAUGUCAAGCAGGUUUACCGGCAUUCAUUCACUGCAUCCUACAUUAUUUACAACAUUCACACCAGGGAAGUUUGGGAACUGGACCCUCCAGAAGUGUUGAACUCUAAACUUCAGCACGCUGCAUGGGGCGUUCAGGGGAAUCAGCUGGUGUACAUAUUUGAGAAUAAUAUUUAUUAUCAGUCUGACGUGAGGACCAACUCUCUCAGACUGACGUCAUCAGGGAAGGAGAGCGUCGUCUAUAACGGCAUUGCUGAUUGGCUCUAUGAAGAGGAGGUCCUACACACUCAUAUAGCACACUGGUGGUCACCUGACGGAGAGCGUUUGGCGUUUCUGGUCCUGAAUGACAGUCUGGUGCCAAACAUGGUGUUGCCCACUUUCACCGGCUCUACUUACCCAAAGGGCAGACAAUACCCAUACCCGAAGGCAGGGCAGCACAAUCCAAUGGUAAAACUGUUUGUAGUGAAUCUGUAUGGACCGACACACACUCUUGAACUCACACCACCUGAUGAACUCAAACUUAGGGAGCACUAUGUAGUGAUGGUGAAGUGGAUCAGUAAGACUAAGACAGCAGUGCGCUGGUUAAACAGACUUCAAAACAUCUCUGUUCUUACUGUGUGUGACUCCACCACUGGAGCCUGUGUCAAGAGACAUGAGGAAACAUCAGAUGUUUGGCUCUCCAGACAGAACCAGGAACCGUUCUUCUCACGAGACGGCAGCCGAUUCUUCCUGACAGUUCCAGUGAAGCAGGGGGGACGAGGAGACUUCCACCAUGUGGCCAUGUUCACCUCUCAGGUACGAACGGAUCAGAAUGAGGUGCGUCAUCUUACAUCGGGUAACUGGGAAGUGACAGAGAUUCUGGCGUAUGAUGAGAAUGCACAGAGCAUAUAUUUCCUGAGCACUGAGGGUUCCCCCACACAAAGACAUCUCUACAGUGUGUCAACAGUGGGGUUGUUUCCACGGCGAUGUCUGACCUGUGAGCUCAAUAAAGCUCACUGCACGUUCUUCAGUGCUGUGUUCAGCUCCUCCAGUAAACACGUUCUGCUGCACUGUAAAGGUCCUGGAGCCCCAACAGUGAUCAUACACACACUGAACACUGCCAAUUAUUAUAUCCUGGAGAAUAACUCUCUGCUCAAAGCUGCUCUCAGAUACAAGAGAAUCCAGCUGACGGAGUUUAGAAGCAUCCAGACGGACCACUUUGAGCUGCCGCUGAAGAUCAUUUAUCCACCCGAUUUCUCUGAGGCCCGCCAGUACGCCCUACUGCUGAUGAUUGACGGCGCCCCCGGUGGCCAGCAGGUGAACGAGCGGUACUCAGUGGACUGGGACUCUGUGCUGGUCAGCUCUGAUAAUGUCAUCACAGCUCGUCUGGACGGAAGAGGAAGUGGAUUCCAGGGCCAGAAGAUUCUACAGGAAGUGCACAAGCGUCUGGGAGCGUUUGAGGUUCAGGAUCAGCUCGCUGCUGUCGAGUACCUGCUGAAACUGCCUUACAUCGACCGCAACAGGAUCGGUGUGUUUGGUCAGGGUUAUGGAGGUUAUGUGGCACUACAACUCAUUAAAUCUUCUGAGAAUGUGUUUCAUUGUGCCGCAGCUCUGUCACCUGUGACGGACUGGAGUUUAUAUGCCUCAGCUUUCUCUGAGCGUUAUCUGGGGUUUCCUCUUCAGGACGACAGCAGAUAUCAGUUCUCUAGUGUACUGCAGAAUACACAGGCCUUCAGAGAGCAGACACUCAUGCUGCUUCACGCCACUGCAGACGCAAACAUUCAUUUUCAGCACACAGCUGAACUUAUCAAGAACCUGGUGAAGGUUGGAGCAAACUACACCCUGCAGAUUUAUCCAGAUGAAGGUCACUUCCUGUCUAAGAGCAGCAGACGACACCUGGCAGUGACACUGAGCAGCUACUUCAGAUCAUGUCUGCAGGAGGAAAUGCUUCCCAUCAGUGAGGAAGAGGAAGAGGAAGAAGAGUGAAGAUGACAUGCAGCACACAACACACACAAUGGGACGACAAAACACACUGGACGUCAAAAACAUCAAACAUCUUUAAUCAGAACCGUUACACACACACACACACACACACACACCAGCACACAAACACACACACACACACACACACACACACACACACAAACACACAAGCACACAACUAAUGAUACCUUCUACUCUGAGAGUGUGAAAAAGUAUAUUUGCAUGUGUGUAACAGUUAUGAUGGAUAUGUGCAUUAGAGCUGUGUGAGUGUGUGUGUGUGUGUUUGUGAUAUUGUUGCUGGAAAUGGAUUUGAUCGCCAAGACAAACAUGAAAAUAUUUCACAUAUCAGAAAUCACUGAGAACUCCCACUGGACUCUGAUUGGUUUAUUUGUCGGUCAAUCACAGCACAGACUGCUCCAGCCACUGCAUGAUCUUUUGCUUUGCAUCACUUUCUGUCUCUCUGUUGAGGAGGGCUGCAUUUCCAUAGUUACUUCACAGGAAAGAGUUACCGUCUCCAUGACAACCACUCAUGGGUAAGAACCAUCAUUUUGUUUGACAAAACCUCACGGUUCUUCUUGAAGACGGUCAGGUGUCAGAAACACACAUGUGCAUGAUGCUCUCAGAUAAGAAAAAGAGUGUACACGUGCAAUGCAUUCUGGGUGCUGUACAGAAGAGUGUGUAUAGACGUAUAUUUUUUACGCCCAUCAUAUCUCAUGUCAGCUUAGAGAUGAUCACAGGAUGAAUCCAGUCACUGAAUGUUUUUAAUUAGUUUAUUUGUUUCUUGGGGGCUUUUGUUUCGCUAAUUGUUUAGUUUUGCUGUGUUGAUGGGAUGGGAUUGGAUGGGAUGGGAUGAGGUGGGGGGUUGGACUGAUAGUUAUGUCUAGUAAUGACAAUUACCGCUAUAAAUAAACCACUAGUCAAAACCAGACUGUUUUCUCUUAACUUCUGUUUCUUAUGUGAACACUGUUGUAGGGCUCAGAUAGAUGCGACUGUAAUAGUGUCAUGUUAAGACUGUCAGUCCAAAAACAAUCGGAAAUCGGAAAACUGUCUACACUGUAAAUCGCAACUGAUCGGGUCCGAUUUGUGUCCCAUUACUAUCAUCAUUUUCUGGCAUAUCUGCAUAGUUUGCUAUUGCAAUGACAUUGCAUCAGUAUGCAAAAAAACAACAUAGAGGGAUGGAAUAGAAAUUUGAGCAUUUAACAUACUACACCUGGACUACACCUUACAAGGCAGUGGCAGAGAAGAAGGAGGCUGGUAUGUGCCACUUUAUUUCGUGCUGUUGUCUCCGCCGGUAUCCUAGUUCAAAGAGGUGUGUGAUCCAGACAGACAUCAGUGAUUGGUGGACUCGUGUGAUUGCCACAUUUGAUGAAACUUCAGAAGAUUCCAUUAAUAAUAUUAUCAGACCAAUAGAACAGUCCGCCAUCACACAGCAUGUUUCCUGCAACAACAUGUGAUCAUAACGUGUGCUUGUGUAGCGUGAAUAGGUUACAUACACUUUACACUUGAGAUCUGAUCAGAGCGUUCAGAAUGAAAAACCCACAUGAAUGUAACCUGAAACGGAUUUGUAAAAAUUGUAUUUCAUGUGAUUAUUUGCCAUUCAGACUUGGACUUGGACUGACAGUCUGAACAUAGCUGUAGAGUCAUUACGAACAGAAGGGUUCAUCAGAAACUUCAUUAAUAUAAAAUGUUUUGUGUUGUACAGAUGGAAUAAAAUAAGCACAGUUUAAUGCUGAGAGUAAAACUGCACACCAAGAGCAAUCAUGAAUCAUGAGGUUUUAGGGUAACUUUUAAUCCAUGAAGGAUUCUCUAGAAGCGUAAUUAAUUAUUGAUUUCUGUGCUCGUUCUGAUAAUCUAUUACAGUUGAAAUGAAACAUGAGAAGUGUCGCACCUGUCCCUCGUCCUCCUGUCCGCUGGUCUGCAAGAAUAUGUAUUAAAACAAAACUGGUCUGUGGUGUAAAAAAAGGAAACCAAUGAAAAGAAAACUAAAUAGGGAAAGUUUGUCAAGACAAAGCUUUAUGUUGGUUUGAAAGAUGGUGGUGGUGUAGUGGUCUAAGCACAUAACUGGUAAUCUGGUAAUCAGAAAGAUGCUGGUUCGAGCCCCACAGCCACCACCGUUGUGUCCUUGAGUAAGGCACUUAACUCCUGGUUGCUCCGGGGGGAUUGUCCCUGUAAUAAGGGCUCUGUAAGUCGCUUUGGAUAAAAGCGUCUGCCAAAUGUAAAUGUAAAAGAUAAGUUUGAUGGUUAGAUGGACAUUAUAGUAAGACUAUAAAUAAUCAGACACAUAGUCAAAUUAGCAAGAAUUAGUUUGAUUCAGUCUUUUUGUGAGAAGAUGUGAUUGCUAAUAUGCACAUGUCAUCAGUGGUUGCUGGUCUACUGUGUUGUUCUUUCCUUCUUCCUAAUGUAUUACAAUUUGUAUUUGUGCAAACAAUUACUAAAAUGGGAAGACGAAACUGCUAUCUAUCAUUUAA